AUGCCGAGGAAGUGUAUUUACUCCGAUGGGAAGGGGAAUACUGUAAUUAUGCCGGCAAGAAAAACCUACUUUAAACAGCCGACCACAAUAACACAGAAAACAACACCUUCAAUAUUGAGAGACCCUCCCCCUGCUACACCAAACGAGAUCAAAACCGUCGAACUGACAACUAUUGGGAUAGCAGGGGCGGCUAUUAUAGUCUUUUCUCUUUUAGCCUUACUAUUAGCAGCCAUGCUGAACAGGAGACGCAAAUCUAUACGUCAGCCAGUGGCAAUAGUUGAUAAUAAUAUUGAUCAUGUUUAUGAUGAAAUAGGGAAACAGGGACAUCUCAGGAGUUGUUUCCCUUUAAUGACAAAGAAGAAAGGUGAAAAACCAAGAUCAUCACAAAAACGCCCUGCGUUACAUCCCCGUCGAACGGCGGAGACAAACAUAUACGAUUCUAUUGAAGGGUAUGGUCAGUGCAGGACACCACACACAGAGAUAAUCCAGACUCCUGACAGUUUUCAUUCAACGGUUGAGCUGAAAAAUAUCGUUGAACAAAAUAAGGCACCAAAUCCUUAUUUUGAGCUCGAAAAGGAAGAAGUAAUUGACUCACAAGGCCACGAAUAUAGCGCAAACGCUUAUUUCGAAUUGGAAAAUGAAAAUAUUCCUGGAGUAGAUUGCAGGGAAAAAACUCAUCCUGGUUAUUUCCAAUUGGAAAAGGAUAUCUCAAUUGACUCAGAUGUCCCGAACCCUUAUUUUGAAUUGGAAAACGAACUAGGAGAGACGCACAUUCCUAGUCGCCGACGCUGCUCCUGUGGUAACCGUCCAAAUAUACCUGAUCAGUAUACACGUGCAGAUCUAUAUCGACCAAAUUCUGUACCGCGAAUGCAUCAUACAGUAUUUAGUCAUAACAGAAAAACGAUUGAUCCCGGUUCAUUUCCUAACAAUAUCGACGUCAGCUGGAAUCAAGAUACAGACUGUCCCACGAAACAUCACGAAUUGACUUCUGUUGAGUCAAAAUUUACAAACAUUUCUGAAACACCUGAUAAAAAUCAUUAUUGUAUUCUGGAAAGAGAGGCAGACGACAAUUUCCAUAAUGACAACCAGGUACACACAAUUAACAAAGAUGUCAAGAACGUAUCAACAUAA